CCAAUGGAAAUUCCCCGUUGGACAGUAUGCGGACAUUGGAACAUUAUCUAAGCGACAUCAUGCGAGCCGGCGCUGCUGAUACUCCUGAACAUCUAAAAGGUACGUACGCGAGCCGUCGAUGUCGUUUAAAUCAACGAGAAAAAUCUCAGAUCAUCGGAUUCAUAAACUGCAAUGCCAACACGCUACAGUCGCUCGCGCAGCUACACGGCAAAUCUCCGUUCUUCCCGAGUCUCGAUGAACCAACCGGUACUCUCUUGGAGGAUCCAAACGCACCAAGUCAGCUCGAUGGUGUUGGAGUCGGUGUUGGCGUUGGUGUUGGUGUUGGUGUUGGUGUCGGUGUCGGAGGUGGAAUAACCGCUUCCCAAGCGGCACCGCUUUCUUCACCGAGUCGUAGCAGUCCUCACAGUCAGGGUAGCGAGACCGGAGAACGUUUCUCUAGGAAAGUCUUCGUCGGUGGGCUGCCACCGGAUAUUGACGAAGACGAAAUCACAGCCAGUUUCCGUCGUUUCGGACCCCUAGUCGUCGAUUGGCCGCACAAAGCAGAGAGCAAGUCUUACUUUCCACCAAAAGGUUACGCUUUCCUACUUUUUCAGGACGAGGGCUCGGUACAGCAGUUGAUAGAUGCUUGUAUUCAAGACGAGGACAAGCUCUAUCUCUGCGUGAGCUCUCCGACGAUCAAAGACAAGCCGGUACAAAUAAGACCAUGGCGGCUGAGCGACGCGGACUUCGUCUUGGACGCCUCGAUGCCGCUCGAUCCACGAAAGACGGUAUUCGUUGGUGGCGUACCACGGCCGUUAAAGGCCGCCGAACUCGCUAUGAUCAUGGACCGACUUUACGGAGGUGUUUGCUAUGCUGGCAUCGAUACCGAUCCUGAAUUAAAGUAUCCUAAAGGUGCCGGUAGGGUCGCCUUCAGUAAUCAGCAAAGCUACAUCGCUGCGAUCUCAGCUCGAUUCGUGCAACUCCAGCACGGUGAUAUCGACAAAAGGGUCGAAGUAAAACCGUACGUUUUGGACGAUCAGAUGUGCGACGAGUGUCAAGGUCAGCGUUGCGGUGGCAAAUUCGCACCCUUUUUCUGCGCCAACGUUACGUGCUUACAGUACUACUGCGAGCACUGUUGGGCGACGAUUCAUUCUCGACCAGGUCGAGAAUUUCACAAACCUCUGGUGAAGGAAGGUGCGGAUCGGCCUCGAGCCGUACCUUUCCGCUGGUGUUAACCCCCGCUGCGCUGUCCCUAAUUGUCUCGCAGCCCUAGCUAAUUAACUACCACUUCUACGAACACCCACCCACUUAUCCAACCUCCCCACUACCCCCGCCCUUCUUCCUCAACGCAAUCCAAGGAUCCACACUCCCUUUAUUACUUACCUACAGCAACAGCAGUUUCGAUCAUCAACCUACCACCUACAGCAAGAACCACCACCAAAACCACCACCAACACCGUCACCACUACCACUAUUACCACUACCACCACCACCACUACCACCACCAUCACCACCACCACCACUAUCACCGUUACUACAGCUCGAUCGUCACUACUACCACUACUACUCCACUACUACCACUAUUGCUACUAUUACUACUACUACUACUACUACUACUACUACUACUACUACUACUACUACUACUAUACUACUACUAUUACUAUUACUAUUACUACUACUACUACUACCACUACUACUACCACUACUACUACUCUACUACUACUACUACUACUCUACUACUACUACUACUAUUACUACUACUAUUCUACUACAUCUUAAAUACUACUCCACUGCUACUUCAAGUACUACCGGUUACUCGAAAAGAAAAAGAUAGAAAAUGAAGAGAAGGCGAAGGAAAACCGUUGCUGUCUGCCAGCCGCCGACGCUUCUCGGCGUCGUUUCCGACCUCUGACACCUCGCUGCAUGUGUAACCACGACGAGCAAAACCAUCAUCUCGUCCGUCCGUUCUUCGUCCUGAAAAAUAUAAAGAACUACGGUCGUCAACGUUCGUCAGACGUUUGCGACGAUAAAGGGAACAUCAUCUACGUGGGACAAAGACGUGACAGGAUAGAAUAUAAGAUGGCGAGCGUGCGAGUGAGAGAGAGAGAGAGAGAAAGAGACAGAGAGAGGGUGAGAGGGAGAGAGGGAGAGAAAGAAAGAGAGAAAGAGAGAGAGAGAGAGAGAGAGAGAGAGAGAGAGAGUGAGUGAGCGAGCGAGGAUUACGAAUUUUUCAGUGUAUUCGAUAGCUCAUAUGUAUAAUCCAGUUUUCACUGUAAAAUGCAAACUUGUUCUAUCCGAGGAUCGAGUAUCGUAGUUACCGCUUUCGAGAGUCAAAGAAAAAUAGAGAGGCAGAGAAAGAUAGAGAUAGAGAUAGAUAGAUAGAUAGAGAGAGAGAGAGAGAGAGAGAGAGAGAGAAAGAGAGAGAGAGAGAGAGGAUUGAUCGAUAUCGACGAAAGAGUAAGAGAGAUAGGACGUUACGUCAAUAUCGGACGGUCCUUUUCUAAACGAAAUCUUUCGAAUUUUCACAUCUUCGUAACUUUCACUCUCUUUUUCUCUUUCUUUCCUUCUUCUUUUCCUUCUCUCUCUCUCUCUCUCUUUCUUUCUUUCUCUCUUUCGUCUCAAUGCGUAUUGCCUGCUCCAAAUUUUUUCAGAAUUGAAUAACGAAGCUCGUUCUUAUAGGAGUGUUCGAAAUUGAGAAAAAGAGAAGUAUUCCUCGUGGAUACGCGCAAUGAUAAGGUUUUUGCGAAGAGCGAGUACCUGAUCUAUCGUGAAAGAAAUAGGAAUAGAGAAAAAGAGAGAGAGAGAGAGAGAGUGAGAGAGGGAGAGAAUAAACAAGAUCGGAAAUGACGUGGGGCCGUGAACCGUAGCUGGUAAUAACGCGCGGAAGAGAAUGAUAUUUAUAUAUAGAUAUAUAAAUAUAUAUGGCGUAAAAAAAAAAGGGAGACGAUGAUUAACGGGAAGGGUUAGAGAGGAGAGAGAGAGAGAGAGAGAGAGAGAGAGAGAGAGAGAGAGAGAAAGAUAGAGAUGAAAAAGAAAGAAAGAGGACAGCGCGCGAAAGAGACAGAGAGAGAGAGAGAGAGAGAGAGAGAGAGAAAACGAUACUGGGGAGUCGACGAACUGUUCUCGCAAAUCGGAUCUUGAAUUAAUCGAUUACGAUAAUGGAAAAAAUACCACGCUUCAAACCGCUGUGUAUUAGAUAAUUCUCUGUAUCACAAAGGAAACUAACUAACUAACAAACAAACAAACAAACAAACGAACGAAACAAAACAAAGAAGCAAGCAAAAAGAACGAACGAAAAAAAAAACAAGCAAGCAAGCUAGUAAGCAAGUAAAGAAAAACAAAUAAACACAUACACGCAGGACACACAGUUUUCUAGCUCUUAAGGACUCUUAUUAAAAAAAUAAUAAUAUGUUACAUAGGUGCGUUAAUUGAUAUAUACGCGUUUCUCGCGUACGCGCUCGUAGAAAGACACCUUUCUAAAGGGAGAGAUGAUUUUUUACUAAUUAACUUAUUCGAAAUAUCGAUAUCGAAAGCUAGGGAGACACGAGUAUAUACGGAGAUAUAGUAAAAUGAGAUAGAGCGAUUAAAGGAGAAAGCGAGAGGGAGAAAAAGAAAGAAAGAGAGAGAGUUGGGAGUGAAAGGAUUGAUAGUAGAGACGUAGGAAGAGCAAAAGAGAUAGACGAAACGCUAUUAAGAAAUGAUUUCACAGGACAGGACGAAUAAGAUUAAAUGGACUGUAGUAAAAUUUAACAUUUUCUUCUCUUCUUCUUCUUCUUCUUCUUCUUCUUCUUCUUCUUCUUCGUUUCUUGAUUAAUUAUAACUAUCGGUACAACCUCGGCCACGUUGAGAAAUUCUCUCUGCCAAUACUUUUAAUCGGUCGAAGGGAUCUUUCGAGUCCUCCUUUUAAUAACUAUCGCGACAUCCAAAAUCUCAAAUUGAAUUUUUGAGACGUCGCUUCUUUUUUUAUAUUUUUAUUUGAAACUCUCUCUCUCGUAAACUCGAUUGAUCGGGUUUAUAAAAAUCAAAGAUAGAAGUAUAGAAAUAGGGAAAAGGAUUGUAGGUUUGAACUAUAGAUAGGUGAAUCAGGUCGUAGGUCAUUUGCUCCUUCUUACGUCCGCUAUGUAAAAUUGGAUAUGCUGGAAAGCAAACGAGAGGACAACAAGCGUGAUUAGCAUGAUCUUGAGACAUCGGUGCGAUCCUCGAGCGUUCGUACAAAUUCGUACUAUUAAUAUGUAUGUAUGUAUAUAUAUAUAUAUAUAUAUAUAUAUAUAUAUAUAUAUAUACAUAUAUAUGUAUGUGUAUUAUACAUAGAAAGAAAAAAAAAGAGCGAAAACUCUUAUCCUACACACGAUACAUAUAUUACAUGUCCUACAUACAUAUAUACAAACGUGCACAUACACACAUACACAUAUACACACAGAGUAAACUAAUAAUCUAUGAUAUAAAGGAAGAAGUAGAUUUUUGUACAGUUUUACGGUGACAUCACUUUGAUAUCAAUUAGCUAGCGCCAUGUCGGGAAAAAAUUUUAGCGUUUUAUCACUUUCUUACAGCAAUAUAUUCUCGUCUCGCACUAACGAGGAUCCACCAGAGAUUCACGAGGAUCUGAAUUGUUUCUCGAUGGUCCAGCGAAUCAUACCCUUGUCCUCUCGCAUCGGAGCAGACCACGUUCUUGGGCACCGCUCGAAAACGCACGUUUCUUCGUUCUACAAACGCGAAAUUGUAUCCUUUUCGCUCGAUGUUCGAACGAACGAGGAGCAGGAGAAUACGAUAAACUGUGAAAGAGAAUGAUAUCAUCAAUUCAUCAACCGCUCGAACACGAUCACACGGGAUAAAUAAUGUGAAUGAGAAAAAUCUAAUGAGAGUGUCAGUGGAUAAUGAAGAAACGGGGUACGUCGAGCAUGUUACAUCAUUUUUUAAUGUGUGAUCUGCUUUAAUAGACGGACGUUUCUGUACGUAUGUAGUAGCAGUCGACAACAACAACAACAACAACAAUAAUAAUAAUAACAACAGCAACAAUAACAACAACAACAACAACAAAUAAAUAAGUAAGGAAUAAAUACAGUCACAUAGUUAACCUCGCACGAUUACGACGAUGAAUGUAGGAAGAAUGAAAAAGAUUAAAUUAAGUAAUGAGAGGGUAGUUUCGAGAAGAGAAACUGGAGAAACGCCUGUUCACACAGUACAUACAUACAUAUAUAUAUACACACACACACACACACAUACCAGGUUCAAAAUUUACAUACAUACACACACAUAUAUAUAUAUAUGUGUACAUGCAAAGGACAUAAUGCAAAAGGGACGCAACUGCGCACAUUCAAAAAAAAAUUAAAUCACACACAGAUAAGAAGUAUAUAUUAAUACAUUACGUAUUACAUAUACUAAAGGACUGAUAAUACGUUGCGUACGAAUCGUAAAAAGACACGGAUAGGGAGAAAGAUAGACAGAGUGUGAAAGAGAGAGAAAGAGAGAAAGAGAGAGAGAGAGAGAGAGAGAAAAGUAAAAGCGGGACGAAAAGUAAUCUCCACAUCUAUAUAUACACAUAUAUAUUUAUUUUUUUGGUAAUCCUUUUUGUAUAUAUACUUAUCGCCGUAGAAUUUAGGUGGCGUUUAGACAGGUCGCAGAGAGCUCGAAGAACGAUUCAAUCAUUAACGAGGGAAACAAAUAAACUAAUAAAAAGCAAUGACGACGAUGACGACGAUGACGAGACCCUUCCGUCCCUUCGUUGAAUUUCGAAAUUCUCGCGAUCGAAAUCCGCGCGAGAUUAUCAUCCGGAUCGGUAUAGAUGAUCGAUAGAUCAAGCAUUGGCAGAGACAAAGUACGAAAAAGAGAGAGAACUGGUGGGAAGAGGACAAAAAUUAGGAAAUGGAAAUAGAGGAAAGAAAAACGAUACGACUUAUAUGAUUUGUAUUGUAUAACGAUAUUCUAAAAGGGAAAUGAUUAAGCUUUCUCGCUCGUCGCGAGGAAUUGGAAAUAGAGAGAGAGAGAGAGAGAGAGAAAUAAAGUGAGAAGGAUAUAAGACGGGAAAGUUGAUAAAGCAAAAGAGAGAGAGAGAGAGAGAGAGAGGGAUAAAGAAGGAUCGACGAGCGUUAGUUAGUGCAAUUUUAACGCGUUGCCAGAGCGUUCUAAGCGAAUGAAUGAAAAGAAGAGAGAGAAAGAUAGAGAAAGAUAGAGAGAUAGAGAUAGAAGGAAAAAAAAGGAAUUAAUCUGAGCGGCUGAGAGUACCGCAGGAAGAUUAAAUUAAAUUAAAUGCCGCCACCGCCGUGUGUAUCUCGAGAGAUGAACGAUAGGGAGAAAGGAGAGAGAGAGAGAGAGAGAGAGAGAAGCAGAAAGGGAAACUUCGUAGAAAAAGAUAGAGAAAGGAUAGUAAGAGAAAGAGAGAGAGAGAGAGAGAGAAGGACUUUUUUUCGAGUGCACCCAAGGAGCGCGGAUAAGUUUAUAAAAAAAAUACACGCUGUAUGACGCGUCAACUGCGUAUCCGUACGUGCGUGUUCGUAGUCCACGAUAUAUACGUUCGAUAUAGGAUCGCGACGUGAUUCGUACGCGUGUUAGGCGAAAAAUUUUUCAUCCCACAUACGAGCACGGAGUACGCGUCGAAGGCGCUUGUGCGCGGCCAUAUGCUCGUACAUGUACACAUUACAAAUACACGUAGACACAUACAUGGAUUUAACAUAUACAUACGCAUAUACACAUAUACGCACAUGCACACGUAUUACACUAAUAUACAGACAAACACAUUAACACGACUCUAAUCGAUCGAUAUAAUUGUAGCGAAACUUAUCUAGGUACCAAUUUACCUAAAUCAAUUGAUAAUUAAAAAUAUAUAUUGAUAUACAUAUUAUAUAUAUAUAAAUAUAUAUUAUAUAGAGAGUAGUAUUGUUCCAAAUACUUGAGAAGCGAGUACUUGGACCGAGGACCGAGGCCGAUUUUUCUAGAUAAAUUUUUCUAAUGUUUAAAAGAACGAGAGAGCUGCUCGGAUCGCGGAGAGUAACCCUUUUGAUCCCGCCGACGCGGCCCCACGUAAAUCACACAAACAUGUACACACACAUAUACGCGCGAUAAACACACGAUCACGUUUAAGUAAAACACACGUGUAUACACACACACAUGGACACACACACACACACACACACAUACACACAAGCACGCACGCAAUUUAGGUGAAUAAAGUAAAAGAGAAUGAGACAGAUAGGAGAGUAAUAGAGUCGAUGUUGCUCGCGUCAUUUUCACAUAAUCGACGUAAUUAAAACGGUCGUGUCCUUUGAAUAUGAAUGUUCUUAAGAUGAAAAAAGAAAAAGAAAAAAAAAAAAAAGCAAACUAACUAAGUGUUCGAUUUAUGCGUCUCUCUAUUGUACGUAAAAUGCGAAAAGAAGAAAAAAAUGAAUAUAUAAUUAUUAUCGUGUGGCAUAUCGCGACGCGAAGUUCUAAUCGACUUCGGCAACUUUCGCGCCGCCAACUUGAUACUUUCUAUUCCCUUUUCUUCUUUUCUAUUUUUCUCCUAUCUUUUCUUCUUUUUUCGCGUUCG